GGUUUCCAAUCCAACGGCUCAGAUCAUUCAUACUCUUCACAUCUCUAUCACUACUAGUCUACUCACUACUACUUGAGUGUGUGAACAUGAAUGUUGCUUUCACUGAGAUUUCUCUUUCCAUUUUAAUCUGUCUAUAAUUUCUUUGUUUUCUUUCUUCUUUUUGCCCAAAUUCAAUCUCUCCAUAAAGUUUCUUUCUUGGUCUCUCUCUCUCUCUCUCUCUCUCUUCUUUUUUUUCACUUUCUUUCACAUCCCAUUAAUUUUUCUUUUUGAUUUAUUCUCCUCUGUUCUUCGCCUCAAUCAUAGCAAUCAUUCACAUACCCAAAAACCCACUUCAAAAAUUUACUCAAACGGUUGGAUUUGCAAAUCAAUUGAUGAAGAAAAAAACUGAAUGGGACCAAUGGGUGAUUACUCUGUUACAUAGCAAGUUUUUUGGUUCUUGUGAUAAUCAUAGUGAUCUUCGCAAGAACGAAAAGAAUGUGUUUUGCAUUGAUUGUGAUCUUUGCUUUUGCAAACAUUGUAUUAGUUCUUCAACUCAUGAGCUUCAUCGUUGGCUUCAAAUUUGCAAGUAUGUUUAUCAAGAUGUUGUUCGCCUUCAAGAUAUUCAAAAGUAUCUUGAUUGCUCGAAAAUUCAGACUUACAAAAUCAAUGGUGAAAAGGCUGUCCAUCUAAAACCUCGGCCUCAAACCAAAGAUCCCAACACAUCAAAAUCGAAGAGUGGCGUGUCGUGUGAAGGUUGUGGGAGGCACAUACAAGACGUUCCUAAUCGAUUUUGCUCUAUCGCAUGCAAGGUAUCAGUAGUUCCAGAGAUUUCCAAUGACAAUAACCAUCUGGUGAUCUCCAAGCCAAUACCGGAAUUUAAUGAUUUGUCCUUGAAGGAAAAGUAUGACUCAGAACUAAAUAUAAGCGAAAAAGAUGUAUCUACUCUUACUUUGAAGGAAUCAUCUCAGUCUCUAAGUGAAUCAUCG